AUGAAGCUCACACUUCCUAACCCGGGCCUGGAUGACAGAAUACUGUCCCACAAGCAGCUGGACAAGCUGGAGCACGACGAGGCCGGGGACAGACCCAAGUGGGACAACAAGACCCAGUACAUGCUGACCUGCGUGGGCUUCUGUGUAGGACUGGGAAAUGUCUGGCGCUUUCCUUAUUUGUGUCAGAGUCAUGGAGGAGGGGCCUUUAUGAUACCCUUUCUAAUCCUGCUGGUCCUUGAAGGCAUCCCACUUUUGUAUAUUGAGUUUGCCAUCGGUCAGCGUUUGAGGAGAGGCAGUUUAGGAGUGUGGUCCUCCAUUCAUCCUUACCUGACUGGGAUUGGUAUCGCCUCCAUGUGUGUAUCGAUAACCAUCAGUCUGUACUACAACACCAUUAUUGCUUGGAUUCUUUGGUACUUCUUCAACUCCUUUCAAGAGCCUCUGCCUUGGAGUCAGUGUCCUAUGAAUGACAACCUAACAGGACUGGUCUUCGAGUGUGAAAGGAGUUCGCCUGUGGACUAUUUCUGGUACAGGGAGACAUUAAACACCACCACCAACAUUGUGGAUGAUGGUGGGAUACAGUGGUGGACUUUACUGUGUCACAUCUGUGCCUGGUCUGUACUUUACAUAUGCAUCGUUCGUGGUAUCGAGACUACAGGGAAGGCUGUGUAUGUGACCUCAACGCUUCCUUAUGUGGUGCUGACCAUCUUUCUGAUCAGAGGGCUGACCCUGAAAGGAUCUUUGAGUGGGCUCAAGUUUCUUUUCACACCCAAUCUGUCAGAGCUGGCCAAACCUGCAACAUGGAUGAACGCAGGUGCUCAAGUGUUCUACUCCUUCUCUUUGGCUUUUGGCGGCCUCAUCUCCUUCUCCAGCUACAACUCUGUACAUAACAACUGUGAACAGGACGCUGUGAUCAUAUCCAUGAUAAACGGCCUGACGUCUGUGUUUGCUGCUACGGUCAUCUACACCGUCAUUGGCUUCAGGGCCACGCAACGGUUUGACAGCUGCCUUGCUGGCAACAUCCUGACACUACUGAAUACGUUUGAUCUUCCUGAGGGCCACAUCACUGACAACAACUACACGGAGGCGUUACAACAUUUCAAUGCGACUCACCCUGGUGUUGUUCAAGGCUUGGACCUGAGCAGCUGUGAUCUAAAUACAUUUCUCAGUGAGGGAGUUGAAGGAACGGGUUUGGCAUUCAUCGUGUUCACUGAGUCUAUCACCAAGAUGCCCUUCUCCCCUCUGUGGUCGGUCCUGUUCUUCAUUAUGCUCUUUAGCCUCGGACUGUCGUCUAUGUUUGGGAACAUAGAAGGAGUUGUGGUUCCACUGCAGGACCUCAAGGUUUUUCCCAAGAAGUGGCCCAAGGAGGCCAUUACUGGUGUGAUAUGUUUGAUGUGCUGUCUGGUGGGCCUGAUCUUUGUCCAAGGCUCAGGGAACUAUUGGCUUUCUCUCUUUGACACCUAUGGUGGAUCUAUACCACUGCUGGUCGUUGGGUUCUGCGAGAUGUUCUCCGUGGUCUACAUUUACGGAAUAGACAGGUUCAACAAUGACGUGGAGUUCAUGAUUGGACACAAACCCAACAUGUUCUGGCAGGCAACAUGGAGAGUCAUCAGUCCUCUCAUCAUGAUCUUCAUCGUAAUCUUUUACUUCAUCACUAAAGUUUCUGAAAAGCUUUCUUACAAAGCCUGGGAUCCUGAAUCGGAGAAAUUCCCAACCCUGCAGGAGAAGUCCUAUCCACCUUGGAUUUAUGUGAUCAUCUUCAUCCUGGCAGGAAUCCCCAGCCUUGCUAUUCCUGUCAUAGCUCUGUUUAAGUGUGUGAGGGCCAAGAGGACAGAAAAGUCAGAGCUUCACCUUCAAAUGAGUAAUCAGCACAAAUGAGCCUCAAGUCUGAUUCUUUGCUUUUCGUGAUAGAUCUGUAGCAUCGUAUUGGAUACUGGAUUUAUUUUUUUAAUACGUGUGCAAGUCAAAUUAGAGAGUUUAAUGUUGUACAGUAAGGUGUCCAGCAGGGGUCAGUAUUGUGAUAUCCAUCCAUCCAUCCAUCCAUCCAUUUUCUACCGCU